GAACAGAGGUUGGGUCGGGGCGGGAGUGUCAAAUCUACAUAUUCUCUCUCUCCGUCUCUCUCUCUCUCUCUCUCAUCCGUAGAUUCGAUUCAAUCGCCGAUCAUUUCUGGUCCUUCAAUCUCUGUCUCUCUCAUUCACAAUAAUGCUCCCUGAUUUUCAAGGAGUGGUUUUGAGUGGUCAAGAAAUGGAUGGGGACACAUUUUCCGGGCUGGGAAAUGGGGCACAGAUGAUAGAUGGGAAGGUUUUGCAGACAUUUCAGAAGAGCUUUGUGCAGGUUCAGACCAUUUUGGAUCAUAACAGGCUGCUGAUUAGCGAGAUUAAUCAGAACCACGAGUCCAAGUCCCCCGAUAACUUGAACAGAAACGUCGGUCUGAUUAAGGAGCUCAACAACAACAUCAGAAAGGUCGUGGAUCUCUACGCUGGCCUCUCAACCUCGUUCUCGAAAAACAUGGAUGCCUCGUCCGAAGGCGACUCCAGCGGCGCCUUGAGGUCGUCGGAUGGCAAGGGCUGCCACAAGAGGAACAGGCCCGGUUAGACGAGAGUAAGGCUCAUUCUUUUUUUUUUUUUUUUUUUUUUUUUUCUUUUCGUGCUGGAAAACCCGAAAAAAAGUUGUUCACAAUUGCCUUUAGGUAGCAGCAGAAAGUCUAUAGAUUUUGUAGCGUAACUCCUCUGUCCUAGAAAUAAUUUUCAAGAAAUUCUGUUGUGCAAAAAAAAAAAAAACUCUGCUCUUGUUAAUGUGUAUGCAGAUUGCAGAUGUAAUGGAAAGAAGAAUGUUUGUAUCUUCUAA